AUGACUUUCAAUCGCAUCGCUGUCUAUGGCCACAGGGGAUGGGCCAGUUCCGAAAUCGUCAAAGCACUUGCUAGCUCAGGUGCCCCCCUCCGGGUCCUCCAUCGUCCUGGCUCUGACACCACAUCUUUACCCGCAAAUAUUGAGGUCGUUGAGGUCGACUUGGCUGAUCAGACAUCACUAGUCGAGAAUCUCAGAGAUAUCGAUAUCGUCAUCUGCCUUGUUGGACAUAGCGGCGUCCCCUUCCAGCAUCAUUUUGUUGAGGCAAUUCCGAAAACUCAAGUCAAACUAUUCGUUCCCUCGGAUCUAGCGGCAAGAUAUGACGAACAAGGCAACAGUGUCCCGGUCAAUCGACACAAGUCUGAGGUUGAGAGGGCAGCUCGUCUCGCCGGGAUUCCUAUCACGGUCAUUCUUCCCGGAAAUUUCGCGGAGUUUGCGCUAUGCACACCUACCCGCCCUUACGUGGCAGCAGCUUACGCAGAUAUCUUUGCCUCAACUCCCAUCAGUCGGCUGCAAGGACGAGACUUAGCCUUGUCAGAGCUCAGAACUACCGGUAAUGAAAUCGCGGAAGCUUUUGCGUCCAAGUUCAAUACGGCUCCCACUACAAAGACUGAAAGCAAAGAACACAUUGUUCAAGCAUUAGACGAGGCGAUCAAAACGGGCAACCCAUUUGCCCUGGCGCUCUACUGUCGGAAGAUAUGGGCAACUGGAGAACAGGCAAAAAUGAUUGGUGAAGAUAUCUGGAAUGUGGAAGGUUAUUCCAAAGAGACUCUUUCUGGUCUGAUUGUUGAAGGCAGCCUUAAGCCAUACCGAUCGAUGCCCGGGGAAACUAAGAGAACCUUGGAAGAUCAAGAAGAGACUGGCGAUUCUCUAUCAGAGACUUUAAUCUAG